UUUCAACAGAUUUUUAAUUUAAAAAAAGUAAAAGAAAAAAUGGAAUUUAUGAGUGCUGAUGUUUCCGAAAAGGAUGUUAGUAAAUGGGAAUCUCCAUCUUUAGCAAAACACUUGUUCACAAUUUCUGCUCAUGUUGUUACAAAAUAUUUGCAAUGGGGAUUUGUGCCGACUGUUAUUUAUUUGGGAAUGCGAAAUGGUGCUGAUCCACUUCCAAAUGGAGAAAUUCCUCAAUUGUCGCUUUUUAGCGUUCUUUGGUAA